GCCAAGAGGAGAGCUCCGACACCGACACACGGCGUCCGUUUCACCGUCUCCCGGCGGCGUCGUCGUCUCUCGGCCACAUUGACACACUAAUGGGCGUUUUUACCUUCCUUUUACCGACCUUGGAUAUUCUCGGAAGCCACGAAAUGAAGCGCUUGAAUGUGAGCAACCAAGAAAGAAAGAAGUGUCCUGUUGUGGUUGCGCCUGUCUCCAUCCAGCAUCACUAAGUCCUCUCCAGAGGAUUUAAUGUAGUGCUUUUUUUGUAGUGGACUACCCAACUUUUCCCACGCUUUUUUGUUGUCUUUCUCGAGGUUUUCCCAGGAUAGACCAACUCCAGGAAAACCGAGCGACUUUGACAUCUUCUCCCUGGCAGGAAUAACCUCACUGUUAAGCGGUUAUUCGCCUUUAAACAAGCAUCUUCUCUGGGGUGGGAACACGACUGAUGCUUGCCUUCCUUUGAGUUGUGUAUCGUCUCGUUACUGUCUUGUCUGUGGCAUGAAAAUACAUGAAUGCAAUCCAAGGACAUGUAUACACAAUUACGCAUGACGGUAUAGUAGGCUGUGCGUAAUAUCCUAUUGUUAUUAUUAUUAUUAUUAUUAUUAUAUCCCUAUAUUCACAUGAAUGCAACAAUCUCAUUCUUGUGUUUUUGGACAAGAUUUUGGCAGAUCCAUCCUAACUUAACUGGUGUGUUUAUGUGUGUGGCAUGGGUGUUGUGUUAGUAUGGCAUAGUGGAGUAAAAUGUGCCAAAAAAAUCUUAAAAAACUGAGUCUUAUAUUUAAAAAAAAUGGACCAAAUAGUGAAAUUAGUUUUUGUCCCCAGAAAUAAAGCAAAUGUGUCCAAAGUUAGUAGCAAAUUAAAAAAGCCAUUGUGCCAUAAUUAACGCCCCAUGUGUAUUUGUGUGGCAUGGGCGUUAUGUUAGUAUGGCAUAGUGGAGUCAAAUGUGCCAAAAAAAUCUUAAAAAGUCUUAUAUUUAAAAAAAAAUUUUUGGAUCAAAUAUUGAAAUGUGUUUUGUCCCCAAGAAAUGAAGCAAAUGUGUCCAAAGUUAAGCAAAUUAAAAAGCCAUUAUGCCAUAAUUAACGCCCCAUGUGUGUGUGGAUGGAUCAGUGGGAAAUCUGUGCGUAAAAGCAUGCACCAUGUGUCCAUGUGCGCGCCCCCUGGCCGUGCUAUAACGUGCUCCUUCUGUGUGUACGGUGUGUGUGUGUGUGAGCAGCCACGCUGGAAGUCGCCCCCCAUGUGGCCGUCGGGAGUGGGGAGCAGGCAGCCCUGCCCGCGGGAGUCGGCGCUGCGCAAGGCGGCCAUCAGCGGCAACAUCACCGCCCUGCCGCACCACGUCCCCACCGGCCGCAGCGUCCGGGUCUUUAUCUGUGCCAACCCAGACGACACAGAGGCGGAGAGGAACGCACUGAAAGAGCACGUCUACCCCAAACUACGAGACUUCUGCAGGGAGAACUAUGGGAUUGAAUUCCAGGUGGUGGACCUGUACUGGGGCGCCGACCCAGAGGAGUGGGACAGUCCGGAGCUGCAGCGACUCAGGAUGAAGCUCCUGGAGGAAUGUCUAAAGACCUCAGCGGGGCCGUGUUUUGUCGGUCUGGUGGGAGAAAAGUACGGCAGCAUCCGAGUGCCAGGGGAGGUGGAAUCAGCGGAGUUCGAGAUGAUCUUGGAUGCAGCUGUGGAGGCGGGGCUGGACACACACAUCUUGGAAGAGUGGUACUGCAGGGAUGAAAACUCUGUGCCACCCGCAUACUACCUCAAACCCAAAGCCCAAAUGCUUAAGAACUACCAGAACUCUAUGGAGUCAAGCAGCGCAGCCAAGACCAAGAAUGACAAGGCCUGGAGGAAUGUGUCGGAGGAGAUCAAGAGGAUCUUCCGAACGGCGGUGCUGCAGCUUCAGGAGAAGGGGACCAUGAAGAUCGCUCAGGCCAAGAAAUUCCUUUGCUCUGCCUUGGAGGAUGAAUUAGACUUCGCCCUUGGGAAACAAACUCCUGCCUUUCUCAGGAAAUGUGUCUGCUACAUUCGCAAGAUCGCCAACUUCGACCGCUUCGCCAAAAUCCCAGACAUGACCCGAUACAUGGACAUCGUGGUGAGCGGCGACCGCGUCAUGCGCAACCAAGAAGCCUACGAACGCCUCCUGAAGGUGCGGGACGAGUUCAUCCCCACGGUCGUCGCCGCCUCCAACCUCCGCGUCUAUUCCUCGGUCACCCACUGCGACAUGAAGUUGGGCUACUCCCAGGAAGUGGAGAGCCACUACGUGGAGGGUCUGUGUAAACAGUUCUACGAGGACAUGGUUGAUAUCAUCCAAGCCACGGUCCAGCAGAACUUUGGCACGGAGAGCGACCCGCUGUACGACGAGAUCCUGCAGCACUCGUCGCUCUGUAAAAGCUACGCGGAGCUCUACGAGUUCAAGACCGAGUCGUUGGAUUACGUGCAAGAGUACCUUAUGCCGUCCAAGGGGAGCAGGCAGAGCCCUCUGGUGGUGUACGGGGGGCCUUGCACUGGGAAGACGCUGCUGCUAUCUGAGGUGGCCAAACAGGCCUACACAUGGCUGCAGAAAGAGAUGGGCCCUGAAACCGACCCAGUGGUUAUUGUCCGUUUUAUUGGCUCCAGCCUGCUCUCCACAGACCUACGCACCCUCCUCCAGAGCAUUUGUGAACAGAUUGCAAUAAACUACCGCUGCCUGAUUCACUUUUUGCCUAACAAGAUCCAGGAGAUGAGGGAGCUCCUGAUCAACCUUCUAGGGGAAUCUACAUUCCACCGGCCCUUGGUCAUCGUCCUGGAUGCCCUUGAGCAGCUUUCAGAUUCCGAUGAAGUUCGCAAGCUGUGGUGGCUCCCCAUACAUCUGCCUCGGACAGUCCGCAUUGUAGUCUCAACGUUGCCCAACAAACAUGGCAUCCUGCAGAAGCUUCGACAGCUCAUCCAUGAUGAGGGGUAUUAUGUGGAAUUAAUCCAGAGGGACCGCAAGCUCUGCAGCCAAACGUUAAAACAGCAGUUGCUGGGGGUGAAGAGAAAGGUCACAUCAGGCCAACAGAUCUAUGUCAAUGAAGCACUUGCCAAGUGUACAUUGCCAAUGUUUGUCAACCUCAUCUACAGAGAAGUAGUUCAUUGGAGGUCUCACAAAGAUGUGGACGACAGGUCUCUGUGCUCCACAGUGCAUGAAAGCAUAGAACAGCUCUUCUACUCAGUGGAGAACAAGUUGGGCCAACGAUUUGUCUUCCGAGCAUUAGGGUAUAUCACCAUGGCCAAGGCUGGGCUAACUGAGGUAGAGCUGGAAGAUAUUCUGUCCCUUGAUAAUAUAGUUCUUGGCGAUGUCAUUGUGGCAACUUACCUCAAAAACCCCUUGAGGAUCUCCUAUGAUUUGGUUGCAAGGCUCAAAGAGGAGCUGGCUGGUUAUCUGGUGGAACGUCAGGUACGUAAUGUCACCUUGAUGGUUUGGGCCAACAGACACCUGCAUCUCAUUGCCCAGAAGCUGUAUCUUAGCAACGAGGAGGACGUCCAUCAAAUGCACAGCCUCCUAGCUGAGUACUUCCUGGGGGCAUGGGCAGGAGGCAGGAAGAAGAUCUUCACUUACGAUAACAACCAUUUCACUUCCCUGAAUAUAGCUCACCACAAAAACCCCCACCUUCAGCAGUCCCAUGAAAAAACAUCCUCUGACAAGUACUCCUAUGACAGACAGACUCCAGAGCAGCCUUGGGUGUUCCAGUGCAAUCUUUUGGAGCCUGACAUUUUCUUUGUCAACCAUAGGAAGAUGACAGAGCUGGUGUACCACCUUACCAGGAGUGGGCGCACUGAUGACCUCAUGUUCGGUGUCAUCAUGAACUUCAGCUGGCUGUACACAAUGAUCAAGAUUGGCCAGUUUGAAAAGGCUUUAACAGACAUUGACCUAGCUUACAGCUACACCCAAGAAAAAGAACUGAAGUUCCUGGCCACCACUCUCCGUAGCAUCAAGGUUAAAGUAAUAAAGAACCCAGCGUCUCUGUCUGCAGAACUGCAGCAAAGGCUUCUGCCUGUUGUCACCUCCCUCCCCAAGCUCAGACACCUCCUUCUGGAGUGUGACAAAGAUGGCCCGAAGUACUGCUCCAUUGUGCCUCUCCACUCCUCUAUGGAUGUCACAUACAGUCCAGAGAGGCUUCCUCUGUGCUCUAGCUACAUGCAGAUUGUGGAGAUCUUGCCCACUCUCGCCCCAAACAUAGUCCUUGUAGCCCUCGAAGAUGGGUCUGUCAGCACCUGGGAUGUAGAGAGCAGACAACUUCAAAGACAGAUCGACACAGCCAGAUCCGUUGUGCUUGGAAUCAGGCUAACCACUGAUGAAAAGUAUCUGGUCGUGGCCACAACCAAAAACACGUUGCUCAUCUAUGAUAAUCACAAAUCCUGCCUUUUAUCUGAGGUUGAAAUCAAGGGAUCCAAGCAUGGUGGUGUCACUGGUGGGGUGGCCUUCAUCAAUGGUUUUACUUUGUCCACGCAUCAUGCUUUGGCUUGGCUUGAGGCUAGUAAAGACGUCAACGUUAUUGACCUACUCUACGGUUGGCCUCUCUACCAGUUCCAUUGCUGGUACGAGGUGACUUGUGUCCAGUGCUCUCCAGAUGGAAUGUAUGCCUUCUGUGGCCAGUACCUCAACACUGCAACCAUCUUUCAUCUGGGAAAUGGGGACAAGUUGGCCACUGUCACCUCUGAGUUUUCUGGGGGAUUCGUAAAGUCCAUUCUAGUUCUGGACACCCUUCACCAAAUGGUGAUGGUUGACAAUGAAGGAAGUUUGUCAGUAUGGAACACCAAAGAGAUCACCAACCCACGUCUGAUGGAGGAUUACGAUUGCAGAGGGGAUGACAGUGAAGUGGUGGGCAUUGAGUUAUCUGAAGACCAGCGCUCCAUUCUCAUUUGCAAGGCCAGAAGUAUCGAGGUUCUGGACACAAAAGUAUGGAAAAUGGUAGAGAAGUUCAAAGCCAAACGCACUGAACGCUUCGUGGCUGCUGUUCUCUCCAAGAAUGGACAAAGCAUUGUGGCCUCCAUGGAGAACACCUCCUCCAUCUUUGUCUGGAGGAGGGACAGUGGACAGUGCAUGGCUAGCCUGAUUGAGAUCUCAGGUGCUAUCGUCAAACUCAUCAAAUCAGCCCACCACAACCUGCUCCUUUCUGUUGCCAGCAGUGGGGUGCUGUCUGUCUGGGACAUUGAUAUCAUCACCGCCAUGUCCAAUAUCGACAAAACAGGCAAGAAGAUCCAGACCUUGCAGCUGUCCGGCAGAGAGGAUUAUGUGUUUACUAUGGAUGGUUCAGAAGCCGUCCACAAGUGGAACUUCAGCACCGGCUUUAUUGAGACAGUCUUCAAGCACGAGAGCAUAGUGGAGAACUGUGUACUAACUUCCUCAGGGGAUCUCAUGGUGACUUCAGAUGACAAAUCCAGUCAGUACAUUUGGCAAACCAACACUGGAGAAAACAUCUUCCGCAUCAAUGGACAGAGAAUAUCACAGCUGCUAAUCACCCACAACGACCAGUUUGUGGUGUCCCUUUGUGAGCAGAACGCCUCCAGAGUGUGGAGGCUCGGGACUGGGCACAAAGUGUGUAACAUUUUAGUCACCCUCCAGAAUGCACUGAUCACCACAGCAAACACUUUCCUUGUGGGAACCUCCAAAAACAAGCUCCUCGCUGUCAGCCUGUGGUCGGGCAGCGUAUCCAAGAAGUUUGUCUGUGAUGAUGGCAUCAGCAUCGUCAACUUCAAGCUCAUUCCUGACUGCCCUGACUGCGUGGUGUUCAUCACAUCCACAGAGACCGUCAUCAUCUGGAGUGUGGCAGAUGAGUCAGUUUGCAGGCGAGUCCAGCUGCCAACCAACUUCCUCAAAAAUCUAGAGGACUUCCAGAUCUCGCCUAAUGGGAAACUAGGAAUUGUCUCCAAAGGUGAUGAGAAUAUUAAUGUCCUGGAUCUUCACAGCGGGAAGUUGAGGCUUGUCCAUGCUGCUGGUAUAAUUUGGCGUCAGAAAUUAUCAAGAGAUGGACGUUAUCUAGUGUAUGUCUGUUUCCGGAACUGUGAUGAAGACGAUGAAGCUGGUGUUGUGUCCAAUCUGAUCGUGAUGCGCCUUGCUGAUGGCAAGAGCAUCGGCACAUGCUCCCUAUACAAGACACCCACCUUCCUGUCUCUCUCCCAGCGAGCACUAAACAUCAUCAUUGGCUUCGAGGACGGCAGCAUCGGCACAUACACAGUAGUGGAUCGUGUGGAUGCUGCACUCAAGAUAAAGAUAGCCACCUCCAACAGCCGACAGAUUGUCAACAAUGCCUCGCAGAAGGUGCGGCCCAAAUGUGGCAACCAUUCCUUUAAGACCGUUGCCGACUGCACUUGGAGGGAGUCAACCGAGGUCUUCUCCAGGGACAGCCCUAUCAACGUGUCGGACUCUGGUGAGGGUGAGUCGACCACGCCUACAAAAAAGAGUGAACUGCUGCAGUCAUAGGUGGAGAUCAGAGAAGCGGGGGGAGUUAGGACAGGCAGGUGGAGAUAGGUGAGGAAGUUUAGAAUCUCUGGGGUUGCAGUUGAUUCUUGUUUACAGCCACGUGAUUCAGCUGCAGAUGUCAGCCCUCUGGGUAGUUAAUGGGCCGACCGUUUUAACGCUGCACUCAAAUUAUGUAUUACUUACUUCCAACUUAUGAUACAGUUUCUUUUUGAUUUACACACGAAGACUGUUAGAAAAAUGCUAUGUUUUUUGAAAAGAAGAAAAAUGUAAAUUCUGUGAGUAUUAGUUCGCCAUUAUGUGUCCUUUUGCAUUUGAAGAACAAAGUUAUUAUUCAAAUGUCUUGGUCAAACAUUUUCAAAGCCAUUCCAGUGAUCUUAGCCACUUUCAUUGUACACUAUCUUUAUUUACAUUGUGCACAUUAAGCCAUAAUGUUUAAGAAUAGAUUUAUGUUUGUAUCAACAUCAGUCGGUACUGUACAAAAAAAAGGAAGAACUAUGAACAUAUGUACAUAUCCCUUUUUGGCUGCUGCAAUUUGUGCAACUCCUUAAAAAUGUUAUGUUGUGCUUAAUGCAAUCAAAGUGAGUGCCUGGAAUUUAAAAUGUUCUUUAUGUGCAGAUUACAAGAUUUAUGAAAAUGCAGGGAAUUUGUAAACACAGUAUACACACAGUUACAUAAUACUUGCAUUGAUGUUAAAUCUAAACAAUCAGUGUACUGAGAUCCAGUCAACAACACGAGAGAUCGAUGGCAUUGCUCUUUGUAAUGAUAGCUGUAGAAAUUUCUUGGAACAGUUUACGUAAAUUUGGUGUGAAUUUACCUGCAGUUCCAUCAGUUUGUGUGCUGUUUGUUUUAAGGGAAACACCACUAUUGAGCAUACAGUGUAGCAUAGCACCAUACACAUUCACGCCUUAAACAGUGUACUUGCUUUAGGUUUAGUGGACUUUCUUCAAAUGUUCCAGUAGAAAAGGACAGAGUGAUAUUAGCCCAAUGUUUCACUGAAACAACUUGGCCAUGUGAAUAUAUUUAUAGGUUUAGACAGUGGAAGCACUUUAUGAGUGGUUUGUGAGAAACUAUUAGAUUUAUUCAUAGGAAACAUUGUGUAAAUUGUUUAAAGUGAUCUAGAGUUGUCUUAAAAUAGUUAUUGGAUUUGCCUACAAAAAUACACAAGGCCAUGCAGGUACUUGCAGGCUACAGCUAACUUGAAAUGUUACAGUCUCCAUAUGUAUGACUGGUAUCAAUACAAAAUUAAGAUGCCGUCAUCUUAACACCUGAGACAGGAAACUUGGAAAUAUAUGGGAUCAAAUAAGGGUCAAUAAGAUUGUGAGCUUGUGAAAUGAUGUUUAGAAAUAAUUUAAAAAACCUUUGGUUGUGCAUCAGCUUUUGUAAACCUGUGAAAAAAAAAACUUUGCAUGGAAAAUUCAAGAUUGUGAAUGUGUAGGGAAAAAAAUGUAGUUGCAGAAAACAUUUGACUGUCAAAAUAAAAUAAGUGAAUAUAUAAAUAAUAAUAUAAUUUAAAAAAAAAAGCUAAAUGAUAUUGUGUCAACUGUGAGAUUACACUGAAAAAAAACUGCCUAUUGUGAACAUCUGAGUACAGGUUCAAAGCAGAAAACUGUUAGAUGAACUCACAUUUAAGUUACAAGUAUAAAACCUUUACAGCCAAAAUCAUGACCAAAAUUUACACUUUCAAUCACCUUUUUUUACUUUUACUUGUACUUUCUACUUCGAAUCUGUACCCAGAUCACACAACCAGUCUUUGAGUUAUCUCACUGUUGAUAUUAUUUGUGCACAAAUUGUAUUUAGACAUUCUGAAAUAGUUUCUACAAUACAAAUUGUUUCUUACAUCUUCACAGUGUUUACAAGGGUGAUGUAGCUCUUAAUCUUUUUGACCCUCAAGCCCAUAGAAAUGUGACUCUGGUAACAUUGUGACAGGCUGAAAUAAAAGCUAUUUAGAUCUGGUUUUCUGACAAUCUGCUGACAAAGAGUUCAUCUAUAAGGUUGUACCUUCUUGCAGGUGCCAUGAUCGCUUUUUUUAAGCAUGUCUGUAAUAACCCAAAACGCAAUUUUGAGCUCCGAUGAGACCAAUUGUCUGCCAGGCAUGAUUGAAUACACACUUACACUUUGACAUAUACUUUUUAAGGGCUAUUCCUCUCAUUAUAUGUUUACUAGUUUUGAACUGUUAAGAUAAUGGCCCUUGGAUAAUUACAAACUGGGUAGCAGCAUCAAGUUUUAAAAUACUUUAUUUCCCAAGAGUUUCUAAAUUGGAAAAAAAAAGAUACUAUGUAAUUGCCAAAGUCCCGAUAUAGUUUCAUUUUGUUGACUGUCUCAUUUGUUUUUUGAGGCUUGUACUGUAAUUAUAUCGUUACCAAAUUGUUUCAGUGUUCUACUGUGAUUGCGUUUAUGAUAGAGACAAUGUGCUAUCUUUGCUAAAAAGUUUAAAAAUAUAUUGGAAUGCCAGUUUAAGAGUAUAUUUGAAUGUGUCCAUAUGGAAGCCAGUAAACGGUAUUAUUGUAUGUUAAGUAACUUGAAUGACUUUUAAUAACUUACAUGUUUGCAACUCAUAGUUGACAUACUGGUAUAAUGAAUGUUUCUAUUGUAUUCUUUGUAUUGUCAGGACUGACUUACCUGUUUAGAGAUUUAUAUUUUCAUAAAUGUUGUACUUACAUUUUGUUACAGAGUUGUUUAACUGGAAUUCAAACAGAAAAGAAACUUAUGUCUGAAGCAAUAUGAAACUAGUGUGUAUGCAUCGUUUGUAUGGAACAUUUUAAUGUAAUAAAAUGGUUCACUUUUUGCCUCCAC